UCCAGGCGUCAUAGAAGUGCAGUCGAGCCUACAUCCUCCAGUGAUAAAAAAGGUCACGGUUUAACUACCAUACGAAAUUGGCGUGGAACUUGCUUAGCAGGAGAAUCAUCGGUGCAUCGGGACGGAGUUUCCGAAUGCGACUAAAAAGCUCAACAUACCGUCGUUGCUUCAGUCUUUUCGAUGGGCUCCGCAAAAUGAAAUUUUGCGUUCUUACUUUUCCUAGCAGAGUAACGGGAAUAGUCGGCGAACUCGACUACAGCAUUAACUAAAUGAAUAUUUCCGGAAAUUAAAAGUUUUAUUUUUAAAAACAAUGAAACAACUUACUUUGCUUAACGGUAAAGCGAUAAGAGCAUCUACACUGUGGUGAUGGAGGAAGCUAUCUAAAUGGCAAGACAUUCCGGCUGGUCUGAACAGUUUGUGAGUAACUAUCGCUGGCUAAACAGUCAUGAUAACCCUAAUGCGACCAAUUCAUAAAUGGCUCUGCUUCUGCCUAAUUGCAAUAAUCGUAAUACUCGGCAUUAAAACCCAAAAUGCAAACACUAAAUAUAAGAAAUUAUCGGAAAAGCCCAAAGCUUUAGAAGUCACAGGAUCGGAUGACUCCAAUUCCGACUUCCUUCCUGCUGAAGAAGAUCGAAAAGUGCAGGACGAAGUCCGACCCGCAUAUUUUGUGGAGUCCGUCAAGUGCAAGAUCCCCUAUGUUGAUCCCUUCACCUCAGAUGCAAUGGCCAUUUUCCAGCCCGAGCACUUUGAGACCUGCUCCAACGAAACCGCACUGGUUACUCCGAUCUUUGACAUCAGUCGGCAGCGAUAUAUGCUCUUCAUCAAUGAGUCGUUGGCCUCCAUUAUUCUCAACUCCCAUCGGGGGGAGUACAAUUGCUAUUAUCAGGAGAUAACGCGGAUCCGUGAGCACGACAGUUAUGAUAAAGUGGAGCGAAAAUACUUCACUCAGAACUACGAGGUGCCGCUCCAUGUUCAGGGCCUGAUCUUGGCCUGCCAUCGUCUCGGCAACGAGUCGGACAUUUUGCAGAGCGAUGCUUAUAACCUCAUCCAAUAUAGGCCACCACCCGAAGGACUCUCGCUGGAACCGUCCAAAAGGAAGCCAAGUGUCCUUAUGUUCGGCAUAGACAGCCUUUCGCGGAUCAAUUUGCGUAGAACUAUGCCGAAGGUCUAUAAGUUCCUAACGAGGGACGGGUGGUUCGAGCAGCAAGGAUACAACAAGAUAGGCGACAACACCUUCCCCAAUCUGUUGGCCAUUUUGACAGGCUACAAUCCUGAGUCGGCCAUUGAGAGGGUGUGCAACUGGCACGAAGAUGGAUGUCUAGAUAGGACCCCUUUUAUAUGGCACUACUUCCGGAAUGCCAGCUACCUCACAGCCUAUGCUGAGGAUGAGACUGGCAUGAAUACAUUCAACUACCUGAAACCGGGCUUCCUGGAGCAGCCUACCGACUUCUACUUAAGGCCCUUUCAGAAGGCCGUUGAAUCGGGCCUGAACACCUGGAAAUGCAGUGACUGCUCGAUGAGGUACUGCAUCGGCCGGCGGAUCACGAGCAGUUACGUCUACGACAUGGCCAGAAAUUUUGCCAACCGUUUCGUGUAUGAGCGACCCAUUUGGGGUCUGUUCUGGUCAAACAGUUUCAGCCACGACAGCUUCCAGAUGCCCUCGAAAAUGGAGGACUAUGUGCUUAAGUACCUUCUGGACUUCGAGGCCGAUGGUGUGUUCGACCAGAGUAUUAUGGUGUUCCUCUCGGAUCAUGGCUCACGCUAUGGCAGAAUCAUGUCCCUGCCCAGUGGAUUUCUAGAAGAGCGUCUUCCCUCUAUGUUUAUCUAUUUGCCGCCUUGGUUCCGGGCUCAGUAUCCGGAAUACGCCAGGGUCCUUGAGCUGAAUCGGAAUCGGCUUACAUCCAACUACGAUCUGCACAACACCCUGAAACACAUCAUCGAACUGGGCGGCACUCCAGAUGGUCAAAUAUUGCCCAAGGCGGCCGACUGUCCCAAGUGCCAAUCCCUAUUUUAUCCCGUAGAUGAGACGAGGUCGUGUGAGGAUGCCGGAAUACCAGAGCACUUCUGCACCUGUGUGCCUUAUAAAAGACUGGAUACGCAAUGGGCGAAGAGCAUUGCCCCCAAGGUGAUCGGUCGGAUCAACGAGUAUCUGGCCGGCAGGAAUCUUAGUGAGAUUUGCUCGGAACUCACGCUCAGCUAUAUUCACUCGACAGAGAUGAAAGUCGAGCUAGACCAGAACUUCCACGACGAUGAGCACCGUGUGGAGGUGGGCACCUAUCGCACCAUGUUCAAGGUGAAGCAGAACUCCGCCGACUUUCGAGCCACCGUUAUCUUCAAUAAUGUUACAGAUUCCGUGGAGGUGGAUGUACCUAGCAUUAGUCGGUUGGACAGCUAUGAAGAUGAUUCCACGUGUGUAAAAGAUAAAACCGACAAGAUGUAUUGCAUUUGCACGUGUGAUAUCAAAGAUGAUUAA